AUGGCAGAUCUACCCGCCUUCAAGCAGAAGCACGCCCUGAAGUAUGGAUUGAAGCUCGUCUCGUCCACGGCCGAUGGGGAUCAGAGCGUCCAGUGCGUCUACGAAGGACGGGACAAGGUUGAGAUCACCGCCGGAUCGACCCGCAAACGCAAGGAGCGUAACAGUGCUCAUCAUUUCAAGAUGCCGUUCAGAUCCCAGAACUACGUCAGUCUUCACAAGCAGCACCAGGCGUCUUGGGAAGUGUACCAGAGCCUGUCGAUGGAGGACAAGAUGGACUACUUCAAGGGCAAGGUCAGCAACUACGUCGAGCAACUCGUGGUAAGCCUAGGACGAGUUCGAGCCGAGCGCGACGAUAGCAACAAGCCUCUGGAGAAGGAUGCCCCUCCAGUAUUGCCAGGUCAACUGGUCGUCCUUCCACCCAGGAUCUUCAUCAGCGACGUGCUCGAUCCGUGCCGCGAGGGCAUUUCGCGCAUGUGGUCUGUCGAGACGAUCGACGAGGUUGAAGCUGAUCACCGCGCGUUGAACGCCGCCUACAACGGCGGUGACCCAUCUCUCAAGGAGCUCAUCGACAAGCACGAUGCUACCACAACGUUUGACGAGGCCUAAGGAGUGGCGUCAGGUCGCUGGAGUCGUCUUUGCUCCUUCUGUUGUGGGCUUGCGACUGUGUUUGCCAAUACCACGUCCGUCGAGUUCGACUUCUCGAUCCUCAAGUGGGAAAUGGACGAGAACCGGACCGAUAUAAUGCACCUUUCGCUCGAAAGAAUCUUCCAGGCCAAGCAGCGGAACACAUUCGAGUCUUUAAACCUUUAAACCUGUGAAAUACAUCGUGCAUUGUCC